ACACGCACACACACACUCUCUCACACACAAACACACACACACCCCGGACCAGGAAACAGCAGCUAGCUCCCUGUGCUCCGUGUCUGCUCGCGCGCUAGCUGCUCGGCUGGUCGCGUGUGGUUUUCUGUAUGUGUUUAUUGUUUUUUUUUGUUUUUGUUUUUUAUCUCUCGUGACUGGCGGAAGUGUGAAAUUAGUGAAAAUGCGGGUUUUGUAGUGAGCCGCUGGUUUGGAUUCUCAGAGGGAAUCGAGGGGAGUACUGGAACCAGGAUGGUAACUCAUUGUCUCUAACCAGCUCGGUGUUGAAGAAGCCCUACCUCUAAAAAUCUCCAGACAUUUCUUACUGAAGUUGUGACAAAAACUGCUCUAGUCAUGUCGAAUUUAAACAAUGCGCUUUGCAUUGAGAGUGGACAGAACGCGGACGUUUCUCUUUUACAGAAGGACAGCCUCCAGGAUGGUGGAUUAAACCAGCUUUUGGAUUAUAAUGCGGAAAUAGAGCGGUACAGGUCUUUUGCAAACUUUUACAAAACCAACGGCGGGUUCCCACAGACUGCCAAAAUCGCCCGGAUCACGACGCCUAUCUUCCCCAGCGCCCGGAUCGGUGUGUCCCCGUGGAACUGUGACAACGCCAUGCUAUGGGGGAGGAAAUCGGCCGCAAUAAACCCCAACAGGACCGGUGUGCAUCGGAACGAAUCCCCGAGGCCGGGGAAGCCGGAGACGCUGCAAAUGGCAAAUAAUAAUUUCCUCUCUACCUUAUCCCCGGAACACUGCCGGCCUUUAGCGGGGGAAUGCAUGAACAAGCUGAAAUGCGGCGCCGCCGAAGCAGAGAUAAUGAAUCUCCCUGAACGCGUCGGGACUUUUUCCGCCAUCCCGGCUCUAGGGGGCAUCUCAUUACCUCCCGGGGUCAUCGUCAUGACAGCCCUUCACUCCCCCGCUGCCUCCGCCGCCGUUACAGACAGUGCGUUUCAAAUUGCCAAUCUGGCAGACUGCCCGCAGAAUAAUUCCUCCUCCUCCGCGUCCGCUGGGAACCCGGCCAAGAAGAAGAGGAAAAGGUGUGGGGUGUGCGCCCCCUGCAGGAGGCUCAUCAACUGUGGCGUCUGCAGCAGCUGUCGGAACCGCAAGACCGGACACCAAAUCUGCAAAUUCCGCAAAUGUGAAGAGCUCAAGAAAAAGCCUGGAUCGUCACUGGAGAGGACGCCGGUGAGUAAUGGGGAAGCGUUCCGGUGGUUCUUUUAGGCCCAAACCCAGGAGACACCAGGCCAUCUUCUGACUCUCUGCUAAAAACUCCUGUGGGGCUCCCAGAACGUGAAACCAAACCCCAGUAGUGGGCGAAAGAGAGAGAGAGAGAGAAAUUGAGAGAGAGCCGAAGGGAAAAGAUAAGCGACAAAAUGGUGUUGGUUUAACUCUGUAAUUUCUUUUCCUGUGUAAUUAUUGUACCUUUCGACAGUAUCAUAAUGUAUAUUUUUCGGUGUCUAUGAAUGUGUUUCAGUGUCGUGGCUGUGCCAGUUACAGCCGUUCUUAUGUAAUGGACUCAGUAGACAAUCAUUACCACCUGGAAUAAAUAAACAAUACCAAUGGAGGCCAGCGGGGCGGCACCCAUCCCCAACACCACCACACAGAGCUUUUAGACCUGCAGCAAUAAUCGGGAAGGUGAUUAUGCCUUGUUUUGUUCCGUAAAGUUUCUUUCUUGAGUGAUUUUAUCUGACCACAAAGUCCAGCGGCCUCCACUUCCUCCGAAUUUCAGAAUGGAUGCAGUAGAAAAAACAGCCAUUUUUUUCCCAGAUUUUCUUAAUUUAGGCACCAUAAUACGCUUAGAUUUUUCUGUUAUUUUUUCCAGACUGUUUAUAUUUUGGGUUUCAUGAUAAAAGGAAGAACAUAUUGUCUUACAUGUUCCUAAUUUUUGUAAUGUAAUAUUCUGAUUUACACUGGUUCGGUACU